AUGUCUAGAAAGAAGCAGAAGAGUGAUAGGGAAGUUGAUGAAGAGUCUCACAGUGAGUUGGAGAGGAAAAUGGAGAAGUUUGUCUUUGAGAAAUACAAAUGUGAAGAAACAGCAGAAGAGUAUAUUGAACAUUUUCAACGUGUUUGUCGGGUGAAAGGGUUGGGGGGUUCAGAUGAGCGUAGUAAGGAGGCGAGAAAAGACUUACUACUGGCUUAUGUGGGAAGCGAACCACUCCAGAAGAUGCAAAAUUAUUUCAUCCCGAAAAACCUUGAUUCUUGUUCAUAUGAAGAAAUUAAGACUGCAUUUUUCACACUGUAUGGUCCAAACCAAACGAUUUUCGCUGCCCGUUUUGAGUUUGAAAGAGCUGUUAGGAAUGAAAGCGAGUCCUUCACAGAAUAUUUCACCCGGUUAAAGAAAUUAAGCAAACACUGUCGGUAUGGCCAAGGCUUGGAUGAACGGAUCCGGGAUCGUUUCAUCGCAGGGGUGUUCAAUGAACAAUUUGAAGUGGAAGUAAGGCAUCGUUGGCCGGAUGGUGUAGAGACCGGUGGCAGUGUUGUCGCGGCAGAGAGAGUGUUCCAGCUGGCCAGGUCGAUGGAGCGUGCCAGAAACGAGGUGAAUGCCAGUACUACAUCGAACGUAUGUUUUGUCAAGAAGCGGCAAACAACUGGUCAAGUGAAUGGAUGUGAGAACUGUGGCAGAUAUAAAUGUGUGAAGGAGAAAUGUCCAGCAAAAGGCCAGGAGUGUCUCAAAUGCCGGAAGAUAGGACAUUUUGCUAGGGUGUGCAAAAGGAAGUUUGUCAGUAAAAUUGACACGAAGUAUUCCGAUGGUGAGCACAGUUCAGAUGGGGUGGAAUCUGAUCUUCAUGCUCUUAAGAAGAUUUCAAACAGAACUCCACGUGCCUCAAUAAGAGUGAAUGUUAAUGGACUGCCCUGCCUUAUGGAAUUCGAUUCUGGUGCUAGAAUUUCUACAAUUGGGCAGACAUUAUGGAAGAAACUCGGUAAGCCCCAGGUUAAACCUCUCUCCGGGUUGACAGGCUAUGGUCAAACACCGUUAGCAUGUUUAGGCAAAUGCUAUGUGUCAGUGUGUUUGAAUGGGGAAACAAGGAAAUUACCAGUGGCAGUAAUGGAAAAAGAUGACAUUCCAUUGUUUGGACUUCCGUGGAUGGUAUCAUUUGGAAUGAAACUUCCACCUGAAGUUAGUGUAAAAUCAAACAAUGUAACAAAUGAUGUUGUGAAUAUUACGGAAGAGGAAGCCCAAUCAUUGGUGAAGGAAUUUGAUAGUGUUUUCUCUGAUGGAUUGGGUAAAAUUGAAGGAGUAAAGCCUAGAAUACAUGUAAAGAAGGAUUUUCCACCAAUUGCACUGAAAGCCAGAAGAGUACCAUUUCCUUUGAAAAAUUCCGUAGAGAAUGAGCUGAACCGACUAGUUGAGUGCGGAGUCUUAGAGAAGGUUGAUCCAAGUGAAACAGCAAUAGUCUGGUCAACGCCUACUGUAAAUGUCAACAAAGGAGGAGGUAGGGUUAGGAUUUGUGGAGACUUCAGGGUUACCGUGAACAAGGCGAUUGUGCCUGAAGUUUAUCAGAUGCCUACUUUUGCUGAUUUGACAAACAAAAUUGCUGGAGGUCGAUUAUUUACUGUAAUUGAUUUGAAAGAUGCAUACUUACAGUUAGAGGUUGCAGAGGAAGAUCGAAACUACUUAAUAAUAGCUACUCAUAUGGGGUAUUUCCGCUACAAACGCCUUGCAUUUGGCUUAACUGAUGCUCCAGCCAAAUUUCAGCGUUUCAUGGAAAAUCUCCUCAGUGAUAUCCCUUUGGUUGGGGUAAACAUAGACGAUAUCAUAGUCAGUGGAAGAACCAAAGAAGAGCACCUGGGCAAUGUCAGAACAGUGUUGAAACGUCUCGAAGCUGUGGGGAUAAAGGCGAAGAAAGAAAAAUGUCAGUUAGGUCGAAACAGUGUCUACUAUUUGGGGCAUAAAAUUGAUCAAGAUGGAAUACAUCCUAGGGAAGAUAAAGUAAAGGCAUUAAAGGAAGCCAAGACUCCAACAAACAAGAAAGAGCUUCGAGCGUUUUUGGGAGCCAUAAACUAUUAUGAGAAGUUCAUUCCUCAUCUUCAUGGUCUUUGUUCAAGAUUACACCGAUUAACAAGUUCUAAGACUUCUUGGGUGUGGAAUCACCAAGAACAAGAGGAGUUUGACAGAGCACGCAAUCUGAUUGCAGAAGAUGCAACGGUUGUUCCUUACCGAGAAGAUUUGCCCAUAACAGUAUCCUGUGAUGCCUCGGAGGUUGGUGUAGCAGCAAUUAUUCUACAAACUGAUCACGAUUGUGUAGAAAGACCAGUUGCAUUUGCUUCGCGUACUUUGCAGGAAUCAGAAAAGCGAUAUUCAUCAAUUGACAGGGAAGCACUUGCUUGCGUGUUUGGAGUGGUCAAAUUCCACCAGUAUCUUUAUGGCAGACAUUUUACCUUAACUAGUGACCACAAGCCUUUAGAGAGAAUAUUUGGUAAACAUCGGGAUUUGACCAAGACGAUGAAUAACAGGUUGGUUCGAUGGGCUAUUUUCUUAAACAACUACGACUUUGAUAUAAAGUAUAUAGAAGGUAGGAACAACGUGUUGGCGGAUGCACUCUCUAGACUGCCCAGCGAGAGUGACCUCCCAUCAAGAGAAGAGUUGUCUGCAAAACUACUGGUUCAGGAAAAGAUAGACGAUAUGGCUCUGACAUCAAAGGAACUGCAAGAAGAAACUAGAAAAGAUGAGACUUGCAAGCGGGUUAUGAUGUUUAUGGAAUCACAAUGGCCACAAAAGUUGCCUAAUGAUCUUUCAUAUUUGUCUCCAUUUUUUCACAGACGGGAAGAACUCUCUUCUGUGAAAGGAAUUCUGAUGUGGGGAAAUAGAAUAGUGGUUCCACAGACCCUUCAAAAGAAAACACUACGUGUUUUACAUCAAGGAAAUCCUGGAAUUGAAGCUAUGCGGAGUUUGUCACGGUUCUAUGUGUGGUGGAGCAAGAUUGACGAAGACAUAGAAAUGUAUGUGAAGACUUUUAAUGGGUGUCAGAUGAACCGUCCAAGGGAGCCGGAGGUACCUCUGUACUCGUGGAAUGUACCAGAUGGUCCAUGGGAACGGUUACACUUGGAUUAUGCUGGACCAUUUGAUGGGUGGUAUUGGUUAGUUGGUGUAGAUGCAUUUUCUAAAUGGCCAGAGAUAUCAAUGGUUAGAUCUAUUACGGCUGCCAGUACAGUGAACAAGUUACGGGAAUGGUUUUCUCGCUAUGGAGUUCCUAGAAUGAUAGUCACUGACAAUGGGACACAGUUUACGUCAGAGCUAUUUGAGAAGUUUUGCAAGGAUAACGCGAUAAAACAUGUCUGCAGGACACCAUAUCAUCCGAAGACGAAUGGCCAAGUUGAACGGUUCAUCAAAACAUUCAAGUCAAGAUAUUUGUCCAGCAAAGGUGACAGGCAAGAUCAAACACAAAGGUUGGCGAAGCUAUUGUUUGCCUACAGAAACACACCACAAAAAUCUACGAGCAAACCUCCAUCUGAACUGUUCUUCGGCAAAAGACUUCGAUCUCCAUUGGACAAUUUGAAGCCUACGGUGAAAGACGUGAUAGCAGAAUCAGUUUUUAAACAAAAGGAGUAUCACGAUGGCAAAAGUAGACGUAGGGAAUUUUCUGAGGGGGAAGAAGUCUGGGUGCAGAGAGAAAUAGGUGCCGGCUGGAAUCCAGGAGUGAUUGCAUCAAGAACUGGUGAGCUAUCAUACCAAGUCAGGGUUGGUGGACUUCUGAAGCGAAAACACGCAGACCAGCUACGUAAGAGAAGCGGAGCUUUAUCUGAAGGGGGAGAAGUGUAA